CCGCCCGUAAUAAUAGCAGCCUGUUCCAACCGUCGACGUGGUCUGAGCGCCACCAUCCGACGUCUUUAUCGCCUCGUGUCCGCGCGCUUCCUCUGCACUGCACUGCGCUGCACCGCACCGCCGCGCCCCCGAGCCCCCUCGCAGCUUCCCUCGACCUCUUCCUCUGCGCGCGCGCGCCAGCCAGCGACCAUCACCAUGGCCUCCCUCGACAAGGAAGAUGCUGCCCACAACGUCUACUCGACCGACCACUCGCUGACCCACUCGACCUCGCUGGAUCUGCCAAAGUCGUGGCAGUACCGCCGCUUCACCAUCGCCGGCUUCAAGCUGCCCUGGUUCGCCUCUCCCCCGGUCCAGCUCGUAAUUGUCUCGUUUGUCUGCUUCAUGUGCCCCGGCAUGUUCAACGCCCUCAAUGGCAUGGGCGGCGGCGGCCAGCUGGAUCCCACGGCCAACAACCGCGCAAACACGGCCCUGUACUCGACCUUUGCCGUCGUCGGCUUCUUCGCCGGCACCAUUACCAACAAGCUGGGAAUCCGCACUGCCUUGUCCUUUGGCGGCGUCGGCUACUCCGUCUACGUUGCUUCCUAUCUCUGCUACAACCACACGCAGGAUCUCGGCUUCACCACCUUUGCCGGCGCAUUGCUCGGCGUCUGUGCUGGUCUGCUGUGGUGCGCCCAGGGCGCUAUUAUGAUGUCCUACCCACCCGAGGCUUCCAAGGGUCGCUACAUCUCGUGGUUCUGGAUGAUCUUCAACAUGGGUGCUGUCAUUGGUAGUCUGAUUCCCUUGGGCCAGAACAUCCACACCAAGACGGCCGGCACGGUGAAUGACGGAACCUACGUUGGCUUCCUGGUCCUCACCAUUAUCGGCGCUGCUCUUUCCUGGCUCCUGGUUGACGCGCGCGACGUCAUCCGCAGCGAUGGAUCCAAAGUCAUUGUCAUGAAGCACCCCUCGUGGAAGUCUGAGAUUACAGGCCUGUGGGAGACCUUCUUCACCGAUGCUUAUAUUGUAUUUUUGUUCCCCAUGUUCCUGGCAUCCAACUGGUUCUACACGUAUCACUUUACCGAGGUCAAUGCGGCAUAUUUCAACGUUCGCACACGGGCCUUGAACGGUGUAGUCUACUACAUGAUGCAGAUCGUCGGAGCUUAUGUCUUUGGAUACGCGCUAGACAUCAAGGGCGUACGCCGCACGACGCGUGCCAAAGCCGCCUGGGCUGCACUUUUUGUCAGCAUCAUGAUUAUCUGGGGCUUUGGAUACAUGUUCCAGAAGACAUAUGACCGUGCUUGGGCCGAAAACGAGGCGCACGAGAAGAAGGACUGGAGCGACCCGGGCUUUGCCGGUCCUUUUGUGCUCUACAUGUUCUACGGCUUCUCGGAUGCCGCUUGGCAGACGUGUGUCUACUGGUUCUUGGGUGCUUUGACCAACAAUAGCCGAAAGCUUGCCAACUUUGCGGGCUUCUACAAGGGAAUCCAAUCGGCUGGAGGUGCCAUCACGUGGCGUCUGGACGACAUCAAAAUCCCAUACAUGACCAUGUUUGCGUCCAACUGGGGACUGCUCGCCGGCAGUCUGCUAGUCGCCCUUCCUGUCAUUCUUUGGAAGGUCGAGGACACUACCGCGGUGGAGAAGGACCUUGAAUUUACAGACGAGACAACCUCGGAUGUCCUUCCUACCAGCCACCGCAAGUCUGACCAAAUCGAACUCGAGAAGGUCUAGUUCAUUUCUCCAAACCACGCUUACGACUAGGGCUUUACGGAUCAUGACGGGAGGGGGCUGGCGUUGGGAAUUUGCUUUAUGAUACCUGAAAGAGAAGUGCAUUGCGUAUUUGGGGGACUGUAUUCUGUAGCCGUGAUGCUU